AUGGGUCACCAACAGCUCUCCUGGAGCCAUCGGAGGAAAUUUGGCCAGGGUUCUCGUUCUUGCCGCAUUUGCUCAAACCAGCACGGUCUGAUUUGGAAAUACGGCCUAAGUAUGUGCCGCCAGGGUUUCCGUCAGUACGCCGAGGAUAUAGGCUUCAUUAAGUUGGAUUAA